AUGGGUUGCGGUGGCUCAGUUGUAGACAGAAAGAAAAGCAAACAGAAGAAACUUAAUAAUCAGGUAAAGGCAACAUGCGUUAUAUACGGGCUUCCAGACCGUGGACAACAACAGUUUGCAGAUUCUUUGAAUAAAACAUUCAUGACAACAGCAUUUAGUCAAAUUACAUAUUCAUUCGUGGUAGCUGAUUCUUCGAGGCUUUCGCGUAAGCAAUGGCCAAAACUUUAUUCAGAAUACGAAAAUGUUUUUAUCACGUUUUACUUCCCAGAUCUUUCAAGCCCUGGUCAGACAUUGUUGAGUGUUAAGUCUUUGAAUUGGCUUCUAACUCAACUAAAACCAGAAGAUCCAAAGCCAAUAAUCAUCGCAAAGGCUAAAAACGCAAAAGAAAAGCCUAAUUUAUUGACAUUCCAAGAUAGAAUACCAGAUGAUAUCCAAUUAUAUACCCCUGUCGAUGGAGAAAUUGAAGAUGCUAAGAAAUAUUAUGAAAUGGUCAACAUGGCUUCAGAGCGCAUUAAAAUUACUCCGGACGCGAAAUAA